GCAGAGGCUGGGGACAUGGCUGCGCUGGCUCGGAGCGUCCUGGUGACAGGGUCCAGCCGGGGCAUCGGGCUGGAGCUGGUGCGGCAGCUGGCCGCCAGCCCCCGGCCCCCCCAGCACAUCUUUGCCACCUGCCGCGACCCCGAGGGUCCGAGAGGGAAGGCCCUGCAAGAAUUAGCUACCCAGCACUCCAGCAUCAAACUGGUCCAGCUAGACACAGUGAAUUUGCCCAGCAUCCAAAGGGCCAUGCAGGCUGUGGGGUAUCAUCUGAAGGACCAGGGCUUGAACCUGCUCAUCAACAAUGCAGGCAUCAGCUCCCACGCCACACUGUGCUCCCUGGACUCACAGGAGAUGCUCAACGUGUUUGCCACCAACGUGGUUGGGCCACUGCAGGUUGUCAAGGAAUUUCUGCCACUCCUGGAGCAGGCAGCCAAGGCAGGAAAGGAGGGUCUGAGCUGCAGCAGGGCUGCUGUCAUCAACAUCUCCUCCAAACUGGGCUCCAUCGGGCUGUGCCUCCACGUCCCAGAGGCUCCCAUGUACCCGUACCGGGCCAGCAAGGCUGCCCAGAACAUGGUGACGAGGUGCUUGGCUGCGGAACUCCAGGACAAGGCGAUCUUGUGCAUGGCCAUCCAUCCUGGCUGGGUGAAGACUGACAUGGGCAAAGAGGAGGCACCGCUGACAGUGGAGCAAAGCGUGAGGGGCAUCCUGACCGUGCUGGCUAGCGUCUCACAGGACACCUCUGGAGCCUUCCUCGACUGGGAAGGGAACAGCCUGCCCUGGUGAUGGACAAAUGGACAGCGCCUCUUGCCCGUGCUGCAGCCUCUGCUCGCUGGCUCACCACUCUGCACAGUCACCCCUGCUCACCCUCAGCCCUCCCCACACUGCUGGGGAGAAGGAAUCGACUUGGGAAACAACCUCUCUCCCCUUUCCUGCACCGUGUGUUCCCUGUGGUCCCCCUGUACCCCUCAUCUCUGUAAACUCUGGCAGCUGA